AUGCGCGUCCUGUCGCUCAUGCGCUUGUCGCAGUACUACGACGCGGAGUGGGUCAAGAAAGCCAUAACGCGGCUGGUGCUCGUGGAAACUUUGGGUGGCAUUGCGCCGCCCACCAAGCAGUUCCUCCACGUGUUUGCCAAGGAGGCGGCGAGCACCAACACGGACCGGACGGCGCGCAAUGCGCGUGCCGACUGGGUUAAAUCCCCUGGGCGUGCCAACUGGGUCAACGACGUCAAGAACAAGCAAGCGGCAGACGCGUGCCGCAGGUCGACUGCGGUGCGCAAGCAGGUGGCAGAUGCGAUCCUAAAGGCGAUGGUGUCGGUGAAGGGCGCCGAAAUUGCGCCGGAGAACCUCGUCGUUCGCUUUGCAGAGGCGGUGGACGGAUACCCGCUCCCGAAAGGCACGCCUGAAGCCUCCGCCUUCCCCAUCCCGGCCCAGCACCACACGAGAAACACUGUCGCUGGCGUCGUAGGCCACUCGCUCAAUCCGGAGCUGCACAUGGAGCCGAAAGACACCGAGGCCAAAAGAUAG